AUGAUAAGAGUGAUCACGCAGGUUCUGGCGUCUCGGUUUCCUUGGACAUCUAAGCCAGUAAAAGUUUGUCUCCAGAUCCAGUGUCCAGUGGCCAGUGUCUCAUUACCUUUUGAAUACCGUAAAACAAUGGCCCAAUCAACGACAAUAGAAACAGUGACAAUCACCAAGCCAUUCAAAUUAUUACUUAUGAUUAAAUACGUGAAGUGGAUCGUAAAUCGUAAGGUGAGUCGCGCAAGCGUGACUCCGGGUGGAAAAAUCGAAGGCGACUGCGCCCUGUUCUCGGCAUCGCCACCCUAG